CACUGAUGAUAGGUACUGAUAGACAGCACUGAUAGGUGGCACUGACUGGCAUCACUGCUGGGCACUGACUGGCGGCACUGCUAGGUAUUGACUGGCUGCACUGUUAGGGCACUGCUGGGCACUGACUGGCACAACUGCUGGGCACUGGUGGGUGGCACUGAUGGGCACUGGUGGGUGGCACUGCUGGGCACAGGUAGGUGGCACUUCUGGAUGGCACUUCUGGGCACAGGUGUGUGGCACAGGUGGCUGCACUGCUGGGCACAAGUGGGUGGAACUGGUGGGUGCGUGUCAUUGGACACAGCUGAUCACAUGGUAAAAGGCUGAUGUGAUUGGCCU